AUGGAGUUCGCAGACACUAUGGCCAGGAUACUCGCGGUCCCGGAAUUGCUGGAACUCAUCCUCUUACACCUUGACAUGAAGACACUUCUUGUCUCUGCAUCGAGGCAAGCGCUGUUCUUCCAACCCGUGUCCUCGGCAGGGACCCAAAGACCGCAGAGUUUCACACUCAACCCGUUGCUGGUUGAAAAGUUUGGACGAUGCUUCUUCGAUGUCGACCGCAAGUAUACAUACCUUCGAAGAGCAGACUCGUUCUUUCGCUUGCCUUGGGCUCCCGAAGGUGCGAUUACAGCGCAAGGAGAAGCAAGAAGCUUAUCGAUUCUGGAGAAGACGGAGAGGCUUGAGAACUUCACAAUGAGCACUUCCAGUUGGCGGCGGAUGCUUGUAUCUCAACCACCACCUCCGGCUAUGGGAUAUUUGAAAUCAGAGGGCUUCGACAUGUGGUUCCGCAAUGUCCGCACUGCUCUUGUCAAGCCAAAAUCCUCACCGGGCCUCUGCAUGGGCCAGUUGUACGACAUGGUUCACAGCACAACGUGCCAACCGGAGAACUACUCUAUGUGGUACCGGGUUAGCUGGGGUGAUGCGCGGGAGACGCAUCAGACGCAGCUUUGCCGGGAACAGUGCGAGCUGCUCUUUGGCGCGACUAAUCUGGUGGUUGAGUUCUACAGUAUGGGUGGAGGGGAUUGGGACUGCGGACCUUGGAACAUAGACUGUGUGAGAGAAGUGUUUACGUGUGCCGAUAGUUGCGGUGGUAGAGUCGAGAAAGGGGAGGAGGAGGCUAGCUUGGAGGAGUUUGAGACAUUGGGGCUGGAUGUGCUUACAUCGAUUUGGUGGCAUAAUGAGGAGGACGAUUCAGCUGUAGAUGUUGAUGUGAAGGGUUAUGGGGGAUAG